GGGUGGGGGGUUGCAUGAGAAUUAAAUGACUUCCUCCUCAUCUGAAUGGGAGGAGCACUUUAUUCCACCUCCUGAGAAGCUCUAUUAAAAGCUCCCACUGCCCCUACAGAGCAGGUUCAUUAGCAGGGAUCCAACAUGGCCACUGAUAAGUCCAAGUUUAUUGACUACAUUGAUGAAGCUCUGGAAAAAUCCAAAGAAACUGCACUUUCUCGCCUGUUUUUCACCUAUCAAGGGAUUCCUUACCCAGUCACUAUGUGCACCUCAGAAACGUUCCAAGCCUUGGACACCUUUGAAGCCCGAAGCGAUGACAUAGUACUCGCAUCUUACCCAAAGUGCGGUUCAAAUUGGAUUCUUCACAUUAUUAGUGAGUUAAUAUUUGCUGAUUCUAAAAAAAAGUAUGAAUAUCCAGAAUUCCCAGUUCUUGAAUGUGGGGACCCAGAAAAAUAUCAGAGAAUGAAACAGUUCCCAUCACCAAGGAUUUUGGCAACUCAUCUCCAUUAUGACAAAUUACCUGGGUCCAUCAUCAAGAAUAAAGCCAAGAUGUUGGUGAUAUUCCGAAACCCUAAAGAUACGGCAGUAUCUUUUUUCCAUUUUCACAAUGAUGUCCCUGAUAUUCCAAGCUAUGGCUCUUGGGAUGACUUCUUCAGACAGUUCAUGCAAGGACAAGUUUCUUGGGGAAGCUAUUUUGAUUUUGCAAUUAAUUGGAAUAAACAUCUUGAUGAUGAAAAUGUUAAGUUCAUAUUAUAUGAAGACCUGAAAGAGAAUCUGGCUGCUGGAAUAGAGCACAUCGCUGAGUUCUUUGGAUUCUCUCUCACUGGGAAGCAGAUUCACACUGUUGCUGCUCAGAGCACCUUCCAGGCGAUGCGAGCCCAGUCCCAGCAGACACACGGGGCUGUCGGCCCGUUCCUGUUCCGCAAAGGUGAAGUUGGUGACUGGAAACAUCUGUUCAGUGAAACUCAGAACCAGGAAAUGGAUAAAAAAUUCAGAGAGUGCUUAGCAGGCACUGCCCUAGGGGCAAAGUUGAAGUAUGAGUCAUAUUGCCAAUCUUGAUUCUGGUCAUUUCUUCAGGCCUGGGUAUUUUAUUUUCCUUAAUAAUAACUGAAUUUGAAUAAUUAAAUAAUAAAUUGGUCAAGUAAACAAAUAAUCAUAGGUAAAUAACAUGUAGGGGUAAAUAACACAAAUUUAACAAUAAUAAUAACAUUUGAAGUUUUUGAGCAAAAACUUAAGUUUGUUCACUUUUUGAGGCAAGGCCAGUUAGCUACAAAAAGGAUUUUAAAAAUCUAUCAAACAUAUAGAUAAAAUAAGGGCUUUUUACAUACUAAAGAACUGGGAGAAAUAGUCUCUAACAUAUGUGCACUAUAAGAAAUAUUAGAGCCCUGGCUGGUGUGGCUCAGUGAAUUGAGUGCCAACCUGUGAACCAAAGGGUCACUGCUUCGAUUCACAGUCUAGGGCACAUGCUUGGC